AUGUCUUUGGUAGAUGAGGUAAGACAAUGGACAGACGAGGCGUUCCGCACGCUAGAAAAGGCCAAGCUGCUCUCUUCGCUGGCUCAGGCAGUGCUUGAGUCUACAGACCACAUCUUGAGGGAUCAGCUACCGAAACGACUUGACCAAGCUGAAUCUUUAAUGAGUAAAGUCAAGAACUAUCAGGCUAACGUCACUGCUCUCAUGGAACACUUGCGGUCCAAGGUAGUGAAUGGAAUAAUUGGCCCUCAUACCACGGCUAUAAAUGAAUUACUUGUUCCGGCAUUAUCGGAUCUAGAUACCGCAUUGGAUCACCUCAAGGCUACUUCUGUUCCCCUGUAUCUCAUCAACGACACCAACACCUCUGCACUGUUCAAACUCAGUGAUUUCGUGUCUUACGAUGUCAUUGAGAAGCUCAAAGGAAACAUUGCCAUUUAUCGAAGCAAUUGCGACAAAGGACGUCAAUUGUUGGAAGCCCAGUUGGAUAAAUUGGUUGAUAUUGCCCAGAAGAACAAUUCUCGCUACUCACGAUGUUCUCGAGUGUACGAAUCGCAGGUAGUUGCUGUCCAAUUGGUUAUGCGGUAUGCACAGUCGACGUCUCUGCCUCAGGGCAACUCCAACAUUGUAAGAAAUAUAUUGAAGGAAAAUGCUUCAUUGGAACAGGAACUAGUGAGUCUUUUGGAGAUGCUCACGAAUCACUACGAUCAAUGUGUACUAGCAGUUACAAUUUUAAAGGGAUCUUCUGGAAAUGAGGUUGAUUUCAAUGUUCUCCGGAACGAUGCUCAAGAGCUUCCUUCUGUGCUAAAAGAGUUUGGCAGUAUCCACGAUAUCAUCAUGACCAACGAGAGCCGUGCAGCAAAAUUUGUCGACCAAAGGCUUCCUCAUAUUGAAAGUGUAAUCAAUAACUGUGAGGAGCUUAUUUCCUCGUAUGCCCGCUUCAAAAACGAAGAUAUUGUCCUGUUUGUGCUUCUCGUUCUUGGAUGCGAGGAAAUCUUCAGAAGCAACUCAAUAGAAGCUAAAUCCGAUUCUGGAAAGCACACAGCGGAGCUUUACGCUGACGUUGUCAACCAAUUGACCUACCACUACACACAAUUCUACGAUAUUUACCACCAAAAGUACUUGACUGAGCUUCACUACGAGCAAUUUGUCUACCCACGGCGAUUCUUGAAGCAUCUCAAUGAUUUUCUUAAUGGCAGCCUUCUUCGCUUAGAAGAGGAAGAGAGUGAAAGACGCCGCCAUUGGCUUCAAAAGUAUGGAAACUUCAUCCCGAAGGAUUUUGUCUUGCCUGGUGAAUACAACCAGCCUUCGGUGGUGCAGGUCAUCAGUGAAGGUUUGGACGAUAUCCAGUCUGACACCGCCGCCAUCGACGAGACUCGCUUGCUAGAUCUAAUUAAGCUUCUUCGAGAGGCACAAUCUUAG